CCUUCCCUUUUCCAUUUCCCUCCCAAACACGCCCAAAUCUCUAGGGUUUGCUCUCGCCUGCGCCACCAGAUCCCAAAUGGCGGAGACGCUGGCCUCCAUGCGACGCCCGAAGCGUGGCCGCCCGCCGCGUCCCCGGGAGAGCGACUUCGUCACCGGCGAGGAGUUGGAGGACGACGAGGAGGAAGGCUACGCGGAGGCGGAGCGGCUCGCGCCCCAGCGGGCCAAGCGCAAGCGCGAGGCCUCCGCCGCCGCGGCUGCUGCGGCCGAGGACUUGACCCUCAUCGAUAUCGUCAAACAUAAUGGCAGGCUGAUCAGUCAUGCUGUCAAAAGAUUAGUGGAGGAUUAUGAAUCAGACCCAAAGUCUGUGAUAUUUCAGAUAUUAACAAUGCUAUUUGAGGCUUGUGGCGCCAGGCAUGAUAUUGCUGCAAAAGACCUUGAUAUGGCGGAUGUGGAUGACAUUGUAUUCAAACUUGUUGAUCUAUCAAAAAAUGGUCUGGUGGAAGAUAAUUAUAACUCAAAAAGGAAGGACCUUAAGAACUUCAAAGAAAAUCUUGUUUCUUUUUGGGAUACUUUGGUCCUUGAGUGUCAGAAUGGUCCAUUGUUUGAUGAUAUCUUAUUACAAAAGAUCAAGGAUUACGUGAUUGCUUUGUCAUGUACUCCUCCAAGGGUUUAUCGUCAAGUAGCUUCAUUGAUUGGGCUCCAGCUUGUGACGUCCUUCAUAUCUGUUGCUAAAACUCUCAGUGCACAGCGUGAGACCACUCAAAGGCAGUUGAAUGCAGAGAAGAAGAAGCAGAGUGAUGGACCAGCUGUUGAAUCUCUUAACAAAAGACUAUCUGUUACUCAUGAAAAUAUUACUUACUUGGAGGAAUUGAUGCGUAAAAUAUUCAGCGGGUUAUUCAUGCACCGUUAUCGUGAUGUUGACCCUGAUAUCCGGAUGUCAUGCAUAAAAUCUCUUGGUAUUUGGGUUGUCUCGUAUCCAUCACUUUUCUUACAAGAUAUAUAUUUAAAGUAUCUUGGGUGGACACUGAACGACAAGAAUGCUGGAGUUAGAAGAACUUCUAUUCUCGCCUUGCAAAGCCUGUAUGACGUAGAUGCCAACAUACCUUCUCUUGGGCUCUUCACUGAGAGGUUUUACAGCAGAAUGAUCCAGCUCGCUGAUGAUAUUGAUAUUUCAGUAGCUGUUUCAGCUAUAGGACUCAUCAAGCAACUGCUCCGGCAUCAACUUUUGAGCGAUGAUGAUUUGGGUCCGCUAUACGAUUUGCUUAUUGAUGAGCCUCCUAUGAUCAGGCGUGCAAUAGGGGAGUUAGUUUAUGAUCACCUAAUAGCACAAAACAUCAAGACCUCUUCAGGAGCUAGAGAUGUGGACAAUGAAUCCUCCGAGGUUCACAUUGGUCGAAUGCUGCAAAUCUUGAGGGAGUUUUCGGAUGAUCCAGUACUGAGUUCUUAUGUCAUUGAUGAUAUUUGGGAUGACAUGAAGGCCAUGAAAGACUGGAAGUGUAUAAUCUCCAUGCUUCUUGAUGAAACUCCAUUGUAUGAGCUAACUGACAUGGAUGGAACCAAUCUUGUUCGGAUGCUGCGAGCCUCUGCUAGGAAGGCUGUUGGUGAAAAGAUAGUUCCUGCGACAGACAACAAGAAGCUGUCAUAUACUAAAUCCCAAAAGGAGAUAUUAGAAAAUAGCAAGAGCGAAAUAACCAAUGCCUUGAUGAAGAGGUACCCUCAGCUUUUAAGAAAAUACAUACCUGACAGAGCUAAGAUAUCCCCUCUAAUUGAUAUGAUGAUGCUUCUGAAACUUGAGAUGUACUCACUAAAAAGGCAAGAGCAGAAUUUCAAGGCUGCCAUAGAUUGUAUUGUUGAUGCUUUCUUCAAACAUGGUGACAAGGAUACCUUAAGGUCUUGCAUAAAGGCAAUAGCAUUCUGUUGCAACAAGUGUCAGGCUGAUCUUCUAGAUUAUGCUGAAAAUAAACUUAAGAAUCUUGAAGAUGAGUUGGUUUUGAAAGUCAAAACUGCAAUCAAGGAAGUAGAGGCAGGUGAUGAUGAAUACUCCCUCUUGGUUAAUUUGAAGCGACUUCAUGAACUCCAGCUGUCCAAACCUGUUAAAAAUGAUGGUUUAUUUGAAGAUAUGUACCGAAUCCUCAGUCAUCUAAGAGAGAUGGAUAAUGAGGUAAAGAGCUUUCUCCUCAUCAAUAUGUACCUUGAAGUAGCAUGGAGUCUGCAUGCAAUUGGUGUUGAAAAUCCAUCUGAAACAUCUAUCGAUGGACUUUUAUCCAAGCAAAGCUCUCUCUUUGAACAACUAUAUUAUUUCCUGGUGGUUCUGCCUACUUGUCAGAAAGAGGGAAGGAGCACUACUGUACUUUCCUGCAGAGUCUGCAUCAUUACUGCAGAAAUGUGGUGCUUGUUUAAGAAGUCAAAGUAUUCUGCAACAAGGCUAGAAAGUUUGGGCUAUCUCCCACAAUUGGACGUUGUUCAGAAGUUCUGGAAACUAUGUGAACAACAGCUGAAUAUAUCAGAUGAAACAGAAGAUGAAGAUGCAAAUGAAGAAUAUAUUGAAGACACAAAUAGGGAUGCCGUCAUGAUUGCGGCUGCAAAGCUAUUGCUUGCUGAUACAGUUUCAAAGGAUUAUCUUGGCCCCGAGAUUGUUUCACACUAUGUAUCUCAUGGAGCAAGUACAACAGAGAUCAUCAAGCAUCUCAUUACUGUGCUAAAGAAAAAUGAAAACGUCGAUAUAGCCGCUCUAUUCUUUGAGGCAUUGAGACGGGCGUAUGAGCGGUAUAUGGCCCAUGUACACGAUGGAGAGAACCAAAACCUGAUAGGCAAGUGUUAUUCAGAAUGUCAAGAUCUUGCUAAUCGGCUUGCUGGAAAUUAUGUUGGCGCUGCUCGGAAUAAAAACAAAUCUGAGAUCUUGAAGAUUAUCCAAUGUGGUAUUCCAUAUGCCUUCGCGGAUCCUCCAAAGCAAUUGUCUUUCCUUGAGGCUGCACUGAUGCCAUUUGUUUCUAAACUUGCCUCGUCAGAUAUACCAGACAUCCUGACCGAUGUACAGAAGAGGGCACAAGAAAUCAAUAUGAACGAAGAUCCAAGUGCUUGGCGCCCAUACUUCACAUUUGUAGAACACCUACGUGAGAAACAUGCAAAGAAUGAGGUUUUGCACGAGGAAAAGGAGGAAAAGCCUGUAAAGCGCAGGGGCCGCCCAAGGAAGGUUAGAGAUGAACCUCCUGCGAGGAACCUUUUCGAUGGAAACAACUCUAGUGAUGAAGAGUCUGCAAGUGGCUCUGACCAACGGGGGCAUGGUGGAGAUGAUGAUGACGACGAUGACGAUGCUUUUGACCAGCCCUUGAUCAACACGUUUAGGCCUUCUGCGUCCAAGCUAAGAUCGCUGAAGGUUUCUCAACAAGGAAGCCAGAAAAAGGCCCCUAUGGCUUCAGGAAGCAGUGGAUGAUGAGGGGAUGCAUUAAUUUGGUCCCGUCUGUGACUCAGUGAUGGACAUUCGGGCUCAAACAGUUUAACAGAUGAGGGAUGCUGUGGCCAGCUCUGUUACUUGCACUGAAGGACAACCUUAAGAUGCUGUUUAUUUUUGUGCUCUAAUUGUGUAGGCGUUGUAGAUGAUUGUACUUAGAUGCCCAACACUAGUGUAAACCUUGUGGUAGGCACUCCUUAGGUUCGUUUCUGUUCCUUCCCCAUGUAUAUCAUCUUGUGUAGUAAUAUAUGCAAGGGGCGUGUUUUCCUUUA